GGGGCAGCACACAGUGGAACACAAACACACAGCUGACUGUUAUCAUCAUUGAACAGAGCAAAGCACCACACUGGUGGCAUCUGACGACAUUGGUGACCCUGAUCUCGGAUCUGGUGAGUAAGCGAGUUGUUCGCUGUAGGUAUCACGAUCUAACAUGACAGAAAACCAUGAGCUAGGGAACCCCCUUAAUCCCUCCCUGCAAAUCCCAAUAGAGUUUAAAAAAUAUAAUGGGGAAGAAACAUGUAAUGUAAUUUGUAAGGCUAGGGCAGAGACUGUAAUCUUAAAAUGUAAAAUAUUGAAAAUUAUAAACAUAGCUGUUAAAUGGUUAAAACAGCAUGCCACAAAAUUGGUGGGGCAAGUAACAAUAACGAAGAAAGAGUUAAAAGAAUCAAAAGAAGCUACAAAGCCCUGGAAUGCUCCCACUCCCCUUGCAGGGUGGCAAGCAGCCCAGAGACUGCUAGCACAGGAACAGAAUGAAACAUCGGAAACAGCUGCAAGGAACCUACAAAAAAUACAUGUACCUUCCCCUGUGAUAAAUAUUGGUGAUCAACAGCAGGCUUCGGGUAGCUCCCCUGUCCCUGAAGAAUGGGGACAGGAGUGGAAAAAGGUGGCCCUAGUAAAAUUAAAAGAUGAAAUGGGGUCCACUGCAGUGCAACCACUACCUUAUGAUAAAAGCCAGGUUCUGGUACAACCUAAACUGGGACCUAGACUGAUGCUUGUCAGAACGGGACAAGUACGUGCACAGAUGGAAAAAUUAGCACACAAUACUUUCACUGAAUUGGUAAAUCAAAUGAAAGAAAAUAUGGAACAGUUCACAGAGCGCAUUAGGAGACAGGACCUGUGACUCGAUCACAGGGGAGUGAAUAAAAAGGAAUUUCAAAGUAAUAAAACAAAAAUUAAGCAGGUUAACACCUAGAAUUGAUGCAUUAACACAUGGAGUUGCCCCAAAACAGUCAACUGCAGCAAAAAAGGGCACUCCCGCCAUCCAUUUGGCAUGCAGACAAAAGCAACAGACACUGGGGGAACAAAUUCAGGUUUUACGAGAGCACUACCCCCACUCUCCUCUCAAAGACAGGAUAAAAACCAGGGGCACAGUUCCCAACUGUGCAGGUUCCCAACUGCUUUGACCCACGGAGCCACGCUCCGCGCUCAUAUCUAAAAACAGAACUUUCUUUCUCAAAUAUUUUUACAUACCGUUUUUUUCCUUUAUAUGCUAUCUCAGUUUGCUAAACUCACUGCUGCUCCCCUUACUUUCAAAUACCUUGAUAGAGUUAAUCUCUUUUGUCUUAGGUCUCGCUACCUUCCUAGGUUGCUCUUCACACCCCCACACCUCUUUUCCCCCGCCUCUCCUCACUUCGACUCUUUCCCUGUGUUAAAUGUUAAGUUAUAGUUUUUACAGAAACCUCCAAAAGAUAAAGCACUUGAAAACACAACAAAACAAGAAAGAAAAAGAAAACAAGGGCAGAGCAUGAAGUUUAAUUUUCACUUUCUAAAUCUCUGUGAUACUCACGUGACUGCCUCCAAGUGUCCAUAUAAAGCGCAGUGGGGGAACAGAUCAAGCAUUCUAGGCAGAAUUCUUAUGCUGUAACUUCAUCUGCUCUCAGCUUUGCAAAGAUGACAGAUCAAGGAAAGACUUCAGCUGCCUCUUCAGGGGAUUUUCAAACAACUAAGCCCAAGACUGUGUCUGACCAGGGAAAAGAAGAAUCUGAAGAGGAAUAUGGGCCCCAGCAAUACAAUCUGAUUCGAAGUGAUUUUGUCCAGAAGCUGAAAGAAAAAGGGGAACAGCCUUACCCACACAAAUUCCAUACAGAUACUACACUUGAUGAAUUCAUUGCCAGAUUCAGCUGCCUCAGAAAUGAAGAGCAACUUCCUGACAAACAGUUAUCUCUGGCAGGACGAAUUCAUGCCAAGAGAUCUGCUGGUGCAAAGCUCUUCUUCUAUGAUCUCCGGGGAAAUGGACUUAAAUUACAAGUUAUGGCCAAUGCUAAAUUUUUUAAGUCUGAAGACCUUUUCACCAAGACCAUAGAUAAGCUGCGGCGAGGAGACAUCAUAGGAGUUUUGGGAUAUCCUGGGAGAACCAAGCAUGGAGAACUUAGCAUCAUAGCUACAGAAAUAACUCUGCUGUCACCAUGCUUGCGUAUGCUGCCUCAUCUUCAUUAUGGAUUCAAAGAUCAGGAAACCAGAUAUCGUCAACGUUACCUAGAUUUGAUCAUGAAUGAGAACGUGAGGCAGAAGUUUAUUAUGAGGAGUAAAAUUAUCACUUACUUACGAAACUUCCUGGAUAACCUUGGAUUUCUUGAGGUGGAGACUCCCAUGAUGAACAUGAUACCAGGUGGUGCAGCAGCCAAACCUUUUAUCACACAUCACAAUGACCUCAACAUGGACUUGUACAUGAGGAUAGCUCCUGAACUAUACCACAAGAUGCUAGUAGUUGGAGGUCUGGAGAGGGUAUAUGAAGUUGGACGUCAGUUCAGAAAUGAAGGAAUUGAUCAAACCCACAAUCCAGAAUUCACUACAUGUGAGUUCUACAUGGCUUAUGCAGAUUACAAUGAUCUCAUGGACAUCACUGAACAGCUGCUGUCAGGCAUGGUGAAGCAUGUGACAGGUGGCUACAAGAUCACUUACCAUCCAGAUGGCCCUGAGGGAAAGGCAGUAGAAAUUGACUUCACUCCUCCUUUUAAACGAGUCAGAAUGAUGGAAGAAUUGGAGAAAGUCACGGGAGAAAAAAUGCCAGCACCAGAAAGUCUGGAUACUGAGGAGGCCGAAAAGUUCCUUGACAAGCUAUGUGCGAAGAAGGGAAUCCAAUGUAGUUCUCCUCGGACUGCAGCAAGACUUCUAGAUAAGUUGGUAGGUGAGUUUAUUGAAGUUUCCUGCAUCAACCCCACAUUCAUUUGUGACCAUCCCCAGAUCAUGAGUCCUCUGGCUAAAUGGCAUCGUUCAAAGAAAGGCCUGAGUGAACGUUUUGAACUCUUUGUGAUGGAGAAGGAGAUUUGCAAUGCUUACACUGAGCUCAAUGAUCCAAUGAGGCAGAGAGAGCUUUUUAAGGACCAAUCAAAGGCUAAAGCAGCAGGUGAUGAAGAAGCCAUGAGUAUUGAUGAAAACUUCUGCACAGCAUUGGAAUAUGGACUUCCUCCUACUGCUGGCUGGGGGAUAGGAAUUGACCGUCUUGCCAUGUUCCUCACAGACUCCAACAACAUUAAGGAAGUGCUAUUCUUCCCAGCGAUGAAGCCCAUUGAAAACAAACCUCAGUCAGAGAAACAAGAGAAGUGAAGUGCAGUUUAGAGGUAAAGGGCGAAGAACUAACCUCAUGUCAGAAUUUCACAUGGAAAUUUGCAAGAACGUUGAGACAACUUGUUAAAGAAAAAUACAUUAAUACAGAGUUACUCUACUGCAAAAAUGUGGCAUUUUACUAGCUAGACUAACAACACAAUGACACAUUUUGUAAACGGAAAGUACUGUAUAGGGGAAAACUCUUUUCCAAGGUAGAAUGCAGUUAUGCCAGCUGUGUGUGCCUAAUGUUUUUCCUUUGCUGUGGCUAUCUGCUCUGUCCUAGUACAUAUAAUAAAACCCUUGGAGAGCAGGUCUCUUGUAAAUGUCAAUACUCUGCCUGCUCAUAAGAAUGGAACAGAUAGGCACAAGCAGGGAAACAUUAUAUGCCACUCUGAAGCUUGCACAUGAACAGUCUUAAUGGUUUACUUUUUAUUGCUGUUGUGAUAAUGUAAGAGUGAUUUGAAGAUUCUGAAAUAAAGCAGAAUGUUAAAAGUUGGGGAGAUGGUGUGAAAGAUGCUGACUGCAUUACUUUCAGUGACGUGACAUAAGAGAUGAAUUUGGACCAUUGCCUUUAUUCUUGAAAGUGACCCUUUCAGAGAUUGACAAGCAGGUAUUUUUACCUACCAUAGCAGUCAUUAAAGUUACCACAUGGUGGAAUCUCAACUUCCAUAAUUAUCCCCUAUACUUGGAAUAGGAAAGCUAUAGAAACAGCUGGCAAAAGUUCAAUUUAAUGGCUUCUGCUAUAGGUAAAAUUGAAUUGUGGGGUUCUUAGCCUUGACGAGCUUCCUUUAAGGAACAAAGGAAAUGAGUUCAACUUCUAAGGAUUAAGUUCAAUCAAGGAGAUUACUUCAACUACCUUCUCUCUCUAAUAUUGUGGGAUCAACAUGGCUACAACAAUCCUGCAAACAACUUAUUCUUUGUCAUUCCACUGAAGUUCACGGAUGUGAAUUUGGUUUGGUCAGUCUUGGUUGAUAUUACUAACCUUGUAAUCUGCCUUUUGUCUUCAACAUAACCAAACUCUAUUUCAUAUAACUAAGUAAAGACUGAAAUGCUUUAGGGUUAAUCAGAUUUGUAUCAAUACCUGCACACCUAUGAUUUGUGUCCAUUAUUUUCUAUUAGCAAUAUACAAUAUAUAUAAUUGUUGUGAUGGAUGUGGGGUUGCUAUGUAUUAAUUCAUGAAUGCUAUACGGUUGUGCAAUUGCUGUAAGGGAUGUUUUCUGACUAGUGUUAAGUCAAAAGGGGCUGUUAAUUUCAUUUCCUGCUUGUUUUUGCUAUAACUAAACAUAAAAUACCUUCCAGUAAACCACUUCAGGAUUGUUAAGAGAACAGGAACUGGGCUAACAACUGGGAAGACCUACCUGCCUUGGCUCUAUGUUAAGAGACUUAUCAUGCCUAAGCUUAAGGACUAGAAGGACUCUAAACAAUUGGGAUUUGCAAAAGUAUUUAGCUACUUGACUUCCAUUUGGUAUUACCUAAAUACCUUUUUGAAUUCCACCCUUAGUCACUCUCUAGAAAGAGAAGUGCGGGGGGAGUCCGUUUCAGGGGAAUGGCUACCAAAGACACUUUACAGAGGGAAUCUGAAGAAGUUGGGCUUACUUGGCUACUAAUACAGGAAUAGUAAGCUCGAGGUAGGUAAUCUAUUUAAAAAUCCAUGUUCAAAGAUUGGAUGGUCACUGUGUAUGUACCACUGGCCACAGCUCCCUUAGCGCAGAACUGCAGGAACUGAAUUUAAGCUGGGUUUGCUGAGCUAAUCCUGGUUAGCAAACAGGGAUCUGUAACACAGGUCCUGGUCUAGAAGUGGGAGAAUCACAUAAUUAUAGCUAGAGAGGUGAAAGUUUGAGGCUUGUCACCUUUGGGGUGCACUGAGACCCAGAGAGGGAUGGGGAGACAUAUAACCCUGCAACUGUGACAAAUGUAUAUAUUUCAAUAAAUAGACACAAACCUGGAGAUACUUUUUUAGUUGUGUACGGGGAAAUUUUGGCAAACCAGUAAAGUGCCUGAAACCACUAUGGCUUAUUGCUAAAAGCAGCCUACUCAGCAGUCUCAGCUUAACCAACAUAGGAGGGGGUGGGGGUGUUGGGUGCCAGAGAAAGGGCAGCUUGACCCUACAUCCUUCCUGAUAAGAAUUGUGUUGAAGUUGCUGAUACAUGCAUUUUAAAAGAGCAGGAUGUGCCACAGGAAAGUCUAUUGGGAUCUCAAGGCUACAAACUCUGGAAAAACCCAUACCUGGUUAAUCAAUAAUCAGAAGGAACCUCUUGCUUGGCCAUUGAAACUGCUUACUUAUCAAGUUUUCUUUAAGGGACAUGUCAUUCCAUUACUAAUGUAUAAAUAAGGGGGAAAGUUUGAGUAGUUGGACUCGUUGGGGACUCUCCCUCUGGAUACAUCUUGCGGUCCCCACCAGCGGACGGAUUUGGUCACCGGAAGCCUGCUGCUGUGUCACUCGAGAGCCACACUCAGCGUGUAAUUAUCAAGGGUUGCGGGUGUUUUACUAACCUGUUGCGGACGUGUGUUAAGUGCUUGAGACUAAGUAAAGUUUAGCUUUAA